GGCUUGUCCCCUUGUUUCCGUUCUGGACGUAGAGUCGUAGAGGUGGUUGCCCUGUUUCUAUAGGCUGUUUGGUGCACGGAUUCAAGUUUUAUUAUUUUUUACCUCGUGAUUUUCAAAUGCUACCACAAUUCUCGGUUCAUUUAUUGAAAGAACGAACACUUUCCUUGAGAAUGCAUAAUAAUUUCAACCACACCAGCUCUAACUCGUAAUUAUUUUGCCGGCGUCUCGUGGGGUGACAUAAUUGGGGGACGUUUCAGAAAUAUUUUGAUUAUAUUUGAAGCUGAAUGACUAUUUUCGCUCAAGUCUGCACAUAGAGGAAUAAUAAUUUACAUGGACGAGUAACCGGCGCGGUCUCCGUCCCCGCCCGCCGCCACCAUGCACCUGUACAACCUGACGCUGCAGCGUGCCACCGGCAUCACCCAUGCCGUGCACGGCAACUUCUCCGGCUCCAAGCUGCCCGAGAUCGUGGUGUCGCGCGGCAAGACGCUGGAGCUGCUGCGGCCCGACCCCAACACGGGCAAGGUGCACACCCUGCUGGCCACAGAGGUGUUCGGCAUCGUUCGCUCACUCAUGUCGUUUCGACUGACCGGCGGCACCAAAGACUAUGUGAUCGUCGGCUCGGACUCUGGCCGUAUUGUGAUCCUCGAGUACAACCCCAGCAAGAACCUGUUUGACCGCGUGCACAUGGAGACGUUCGGCAAGAGCGGCUGCCGGCGGAUUGUGCCCGGACAGUACCUGGCCAUCGACCCCAAGGGACGCGCCGUCAUGAUCGGUGCCAUUGAGAAGCAGAAGCUGGUGUACAUUCUGAACCGUGACGCGCAGGCUCACCUGACCAUUUCCUCGCCGCUGGAGGCGCACAAGUCGAACACGCUCGUUUACCACAUCGUCGGCGUCGAUGUCGGGUUCGACAACCCGCUCUUCUCCUGCCUGGAAAUCGACUACGAGGACGCCGACUCUGACCCGACGGGCGAGGCGGCUCAGAAGACCCAACAAACCCUCACCUUCUAUGAGCUAGACCUGGGUCUGAACCACGUGGUGCGCAAGUACUCGGAGCCGCUGGAGGAGCACGCCAACUUCCUAAUCUCCGUACCGGGCGGUAACGACGGCCCCAGCGGGGUGCUGGUCUGCUCCGAGAACUACAUCACCUACAAGAACCUGGGCGACCAGCACGACAUUCGGUGUCCCAUCCCGCGGCGGAGGAACGACCUGGAUGACCCGGAGCGAGGUCUCAUCUUCGUGUGCUCGGCCACGCACAAGACCAAGUCCAUGUUCUUCUUCCUGGCGCAAACAGAGCAGGGUGACAUCUUCAAGAUCACAGUGGAGACUGAUGAAGAUGUGGUGACCGAGAUCAAGCUGAAAUACUUCGACACGGUCCCUGUGGCUGCCUCCAUGUGUGUCCUGAAAACUGGGUUCUUGUUCAUCGCGUCUGAAUUCGGAAACCACUACCUGUACCAGAUCGCCAACCUGGGCGACGACGACGACGAGCCCGAGUUCAGUUCGGCAAUGCCUCUGGAGGAGGGCGACACGUUCUUCUUCGCGCCGCGGCCGCUGCGUAACCUGGUGCUGGUGGACGAGCUGGAGUCGCUGUCACCCAUCCUCAGCUGCCAGAUCGCCGAUCUGGCGAACGAGGACACGCCACAGGUGUACGCGCUGUGCGGCCGGGGGCCACGCUCCUCUCUGCGAGUGCUCCGACACGGACUGGAGGUCAGCGAGAUGGCCGUCUCUGAGCUGCCCGGAAACCCCAACGCCGUCUGGACGGUGCGCAAACGCGCGGACGCCGACUAUGACGCCUACAUCAUCGUGUCGUUCGUCAACGCCACCCUGGUGCUCUCCAUCGGCGAAACGGUCGAGGAGGUGACAGACUCAGGCUUCCUGGGCACCACGCCGACACUCUCCUGCUCACAGCUCGGCGACGACGCGCUCGUACAGAUUUACCCGGACGGUAUCCGUCACAUCCGUACCGACAAGCGUGUCAACGAGUGGAAGGCACCCGGUAAGAAGACGAUCGUCAAGUGCGCCGUGAACCAGCGACAGGUGGUGAUCGCCCUCACUGGCGGAGAGGUGGUCUACUUCGAGAUGGACUCGACGGGCCAGCUGAACGAGUACACGGACCGGAAGACCAUGUCCUCGGACGUGGUGUGCAUGGCGCUCGGGUCGGUGCCGCAAGGCGAACAGCGCUCCCGGUUCCUGGCGGUCGGCCUCACAGACAACACCGUGCGCAUCAUAUCUCUGGAUCCCAGUGACUGUCUGGCGCCGCUGAGUAUGCAGGCGCUGCCGGCCUCGCCCGAGUCGCUCUGUGUGGUGGAGAUGGGCGGCACCGAGGGGGCGGAGGGCGAGCCCGGUCUGCAGGGGUCGCUCUACCUCAACAUCGGACUGCAGAACGGCGUACUGCUGCGGACGGUGCUGGACCAGGUGACGGGCGACCUGUCCGACACCCGGACCCGCUACCUCGGCUCCCGGCCCGUCAAACUCUUCAGAGUGCGCAUGCAGAACAACGAGGCGGUGCUGGCCAUGUCGAGCCGGUCGUGGCUCAACUACUACUACCAGAGCCGGUUCCACCUGACACCGCUCUCCUACCAAUCGCUCGAGUACGCCAGCGGCUUCGCCUCGGAACAGUGUCCCGAGGGUAUCGUGGCCAUCAGUACUAACACGCUGCGUAUUCUGGCGCUGGAGAAACUCGGCGCCGUUUUCAACCAGAUGUCGUACCCGCUCGAGUACACGCCGCGCAAGUUCGCUAUCCACCAGGACAGCGGCCACCUGAUCAUCAUCGAGACCGACCACAACGCCUACACGGAGGAGACCAAGCAGGCGCGCAAGCUGCAGAUGGCCGAGGAGAUGAAGGAGGCCGCCGGUGAGGAGGAGGCCGAACUCGCUGAGGAGAUGGCGCAGGCCUUCCUCUCAGAGAACCUGCCCGAGACCAUGUUCGGCGCGCCCAAGGCCGGGCCCGGCAUGUGGGCGUCCGUGAUCCGGGUGAUGGACCCCGCCGACGGCCGGACCACGCAUCUGGUGCGGCUGGAACAGAACGAGGCGGCUCUCAGUAUCGCGCUGGUGAAGUUUGCCAGCCAGUCCGAGUCAGACCAGUACGUACUGGUCGGCGUGGCCAAGGACUACCAGCUCAGUCCCAAACAGGUCGACUGCGGCUACAUCUACUGCUACAAACUGGUGAACGAGGGCACGUCGCUGCAGCUGGUGCACCGGACCGAGGUGGAGGAUAUUCCCACGGCCAUCUGUCCCUACCAGGGCCGCGUGCUCAUCAGCGUCGGACGCCUACUCCGCAUCUACGACCUCGGCAAAAAGAAGAUGCUGAGGAAGUGUGAAAACAAGAGCGCUCCGCAUCACAUCGUCAGCAUCCAGGCACUGGGCCAGCGCGUGUACAUCGCCGACGUCCAGGAGUCUGUGUUCUACGUGCGCUACAAGCGGCAGGAGAACCAGCUGAUCCUGUUCGCGGACGACACCAACCAGCGCUGGGUGACGGCCACGUGCCUGUUGGAUUACGAUACCGUGGCAGCUGCCGACAAGUUCGGAAAUGUGUCUGUGCUGCGUCUGCCCACGGGCACCAGUGACGAGGUGGACGAGGACCCGACGGGUAACAAGGCGCUCUGGGACCGCGGACUGCUCGGCGGCGCCUCACAGAAGGCUGACGUACUCUGCCAGUUCCACCUCGGCGAGACGGCGCUUUCCCUACAGAAAGCGACGCUAAUCCCGGGCGGCAGCGAGUCGCUGGUGUACACCACCAUAUCGGGCACCAUUGGUGUGCUGGUGCCCUUUACAUCGCACGAGGACAUGGACUUUUUCCAGCAUCUGGAGAUGCACAUGCGCUCGGAGAACGGGCCUCUGUGCGGCCGAGACCACCUCUCGUUCCGCAGCUACUACUUCCCGGUCAAGAACGUACUGGACGGCGACAUGUGCGAACAGUACAACACGAUCGACAUGAGCAAGCAGAAGUCGAUUGCCGAGGACCUGGACCGCACCGCCAGCGAGGUCUCCAAGAAACUCGAGGACAUCCGAACGCGCUACGCAUUCUAGGCAGGCGGCGCGCCCCGGGGAUGGCGUGUGUCCUGUGUGUGUAUCGGCCGCGGAAGGAGACUGCGUGUGGAGUGUUAGUGGCGUGUGCUUGAGAUCAUUUUGUGUGUAGUAGAUAUGUAAUGUGCGCUGGCCAUGAACCGAAUGAGCGGGGCAAGACAGCCCUUAGCUGGUGGGGCUGGGAGUGCCGCCCUGCUGCUCGUGGUCAAUGUACAGGAGGGGCCGGCUGGGCAUGUCUGUCUGUACAGGUAGAGCGAGGCCAGACAGUGGAAACGGGGCGACUGUCGCGGCCCCAGUGUGUGCCUGUGUGUGUGUGUACUGUGUGUGUGUGUUUGUGUUCGCUCGGCUGUCUCGUGUCAUCAUAUUCACAAGUGUCAAAUAAUACCGUCACGUACAUGA